AUGUCCGCUGAGCUCGAACAUCUAGCUGCCUUCGAGGCCACCUUUCGAGGCUGGCUAUCCCGCCAAUUCACCACCCCAAAGCCCUUACCAACCACUCUUGAACUGGUAGAAAAGACCGCAAUUAUCACCGGGAGCAAUACUGGCCUGGGCUUUGAAGCAAGUCGACAGCUCCUCAAGCUAGGCCUUUCCCACCUCAUCAUGGCUGUGCGCUCUCAAACGAAAGGCGACGCAGCAGCUAGCAUCUUACGAGAUGAAUUCCCCCAAGCUACUGUAUCUGUCUGGAUUCUUGAUAUGGAGUCUUACGAUUCUGUCACGGCAUUUGCGGCCCGAUGUGCCACGCUUCCACGUAUCGACAUUGUCAUUCUCAACGCGGCGCUGAUCAAACCAUCUUUCACCAGAGCAUCUACCGGACAUGAGCUCACCAUGCAAGUUGUUUACCUUUCCACGGCGCUCCUUACUAUUUUGCUACUACCCAUUUUGAAGUCGAAAAGGACUGCCUCUGGCACACGUCCCCCAGUCAUCACAGUUGUUGGAUCCGACCUCGCAUAUCGUGCUGACAUGCACACAAUGGGCCCUGUACUGGAACAGUUGGACAAAGAUCAAGGUUACAGUCAAUUCGUAUGGUAUGCGAGGUCGAAAUUUCUGCUCACAUUCUUUGUAUCAACGCUUGCCGAGUCUGUCAACCCGAAUCAUGUAAUCGUGAACAUGGUUAAUCCAGGGACAACGCGAGGAACGGCAUUCCUCCGGGAAUUCUCCCCCCUACUUGAGAGGCUUGCAGGAUUACUGCAAUUAAUAUUUGCCAGACCUGUGGAUAUCGCUGCUACUAUUUAUCUCGAUGCUUGCCUUUUGCGUGGUAUGGAGAGCCAUGGAUCAUUUAUUAGUGAUUGGAGUAUCAAGCCGUACCCCAGCAUAUGGUAUAAUUCUGUGGGUAAAGACUUUGGGAAAACGUUGUGGGAAGAGACAAUGCGUGAGUUUGAGCCCUUUGGAGUGGCAAAGAUCAUUGAGGAUUGA